AUGCAAGUCAUUGAUUUCCCCGAAACUUCGGCUGCGCAUCGAGACCUCUACGAGACUUGUCGUCAACUCGCAAACGACCUCAAAGAAGCGCGGGUGCAUCUGGAUGAGCAACGUGAGAAGCUUGAAGAGGAGGUUAUGAAGCGGCAAAUACAAGACGUCAACCUUGACCAACACAAAGAAGCCCUCAGUCAAAAGGUUAGGGAAAGCUAUAUAAAAGAUCGCAUCAUCCAAGAUCAGGCCACGUACAUAUUUAGUCUCCAUGGGCAGAUUGAAGAGUUCAGCGCUUUACCGCGAAACCAUGAUGACGCUCAGUGGAGUAAAAAGAGAAAACUCUGGAUGUAA